AUGACAGGUCCAUCAUCACAGUGCAAUGCCGGUGGCAGCGGCUUGAAGCGUAUCAAUACGGGGCUUUCGGAAGCCAGCGUCGGAGGUCCUCGCAGUAGCGGUGCUGGAAGCGGUCGCUUGUCGCUUCACAUCCCGAACGCCUAUCCGAGAGCCGUCUCGUCACGCUCACCAAAUAGCUCCAAGCAAGGCACGCCGAUUUCGUCUCGGCCAACUUCUCCAGGGCCAGAUGCCGGCUCUUCUCGAUCCAAUCAUCCAGUGUCUGCAUUUGAUGCGGUCAAGGGGCCAUCCCAAGGGGAGGUGGGUGAGCGUGCAAGUCGCGCGGCUAGACCGCCACGGGUGAGGGUGUUUCGACGUGACAGUUCGCUCAUCACCAUUCACCAGGUCGACGAUGGCGCUAGCGACGGUGCUGAGCCAUCAACGAUUGCUGCGCCGCGUACAAGAGCGUUUCUUCGACCGGUCAUCGCAGUUCGCGACUUCUUCGCUACCAAGCAGACCUCGUCCAGUUCAGCGAGGGACUUCCUCGCGCGCGAGCGCAAUUUCUUCGUCUGGCUUCGUCUCUCUUGCCUGCUAGCUAUCCUCUCGGCCUCCCUCAUCCUGCAACUUCAAUUGCCCGACUCUGUCCGCUCGUCGUCACAUCCUCGACGCAGACACAGCCACACCCCAGUGGAUUGGGACAACUUGCCACUGGCAUCAAAAGCGUUUGCGGGAAUCUUCUUCGUGCUCUCUUUACUCGCUCUAGCAACGGGGCUCGCAGACUACCUCUCUGCAGAACGUCAGCUCGAAAAGGAACAGGUCGACUUUGACGAGACCGAAGGCGUCUUUCUCAACGACGCACACACCUCGCAGUUUGUGCACGUCGUCAUGCUCACCGUAGGCGCAGGCAUCGUAGCUUCUGCUCUUUGGCUCAUAGCCUCGUAG